AUGAGAGAAGAAGACACAAAUUCCGUUUUUCAAAAUUUCGCGAAAACCACGACUCUCCAUGGACCCGGGAAUAUUUUCAGAGCAAUCAGAAAAUGGGCAAAAAUUGUCUGGACAGUCUCGUUGUUGUCUUCAUUUUCCGUUUUUAUUUGGCAAGCAAUCUCGCUUGUUCAAGAGUAUUUUACUUAUCCAGUGAGUACUUCUGGCUUCAUUCUCCGGCAAACAGAGACGUUUUUUCCGACAAUUACUGUGUGCAAUCAAAAUCCAGCGAAGUCCUCGUUAAUCCACCAAAACGACGAGACGAGGCUCAGGGACCUCGCUUCCAUCAACAAUCUUUUCCAGGGCUGCAAAGAUAUUCUCUACUCUGGAGAGGGAUACAGAACUGUUUAUGCCAGCGACUUGGGCUUCAAUUGUAAGAAUGAUACGACCGUGCUCAAGAAUAUCACGACUUUACAAACAUGCUUGGAGUAUUAUUGGUUCGAUAAACUUGAAGAAGUGAAGAUAAAAUUCGAGAAUAAAACUGAGUACGAAAAAAUCAUCGCUGAAAAGUCAGCAACUUGCAGGAAUUGGGCCUUACGCACUUUAAUUCUCUUUUUAUUGAAGUUGGAAAAGAACAACUACCCAGAAGCAAAAACUUUCAGCACGAAUCCUGAAGAUUUCAUCCUUCUGUGCUCUUUCGACGGAAAAGCAUGCCACCCAAGCGAUUUCAAAGUCUUCCAAAACAAAGAAUACGGCAACUGCUUCUCUUUCAACCACGGAACUGGCGGCGCUCAGAUUUUACGAAGCGACAAAACUGGCGCUAGCUCUGGUCUUUCGCUGGUCUUGAAUACCAAUCAAAGUGAAAACUUUUACUCUGACUUGAAUGGUGCACGACUGGUGAUUUCUAACCCCUACGAGUAUCCGUUCCCGCAGCAAAACGGAAUCAACCUUGGAGUUGGCGUUCAAACGCAAAUUUCAAUCAAGCAGCACGAAAUUAUGAGGACACAGCUUCCCUACGGCGGGCAAAAUUGCUCUGACGACUUUUUGACUCCUUGUGUCUUUGAUGGAAUCUACACUUUUUCCGCUUGUAUUCGAAGCUGUAUCCAGUUAAAAAUCAUUGAAAAAUGUGGCUGUAUUGAUGAAAUUCAAGCGGUUUCCUCUACUAGACGAUGCAAUGCUACUGUUGCUGAUGAUCGUGAAUGCAGAGAAAAGGUUUAUUCCGACUUCGCUGAAGGCAAAAUCGACUGCGACUGUGUUCACCGCUGCAACGAGAUUUACUACACCAUGGAAAGCAGCAUUUCUGAGUGGCCCUCGAAAAAAUACGAGCCAUACUUAAAAAUCGACUUGGCGACGGGACAACUGAAAUCGGAAUCGAAGGCUCGACGAGUUCUCUCCUUCAUCAAUCAACAACUGAGCGAUCUAAAUCGAAAAUUCGACAAGCAAACAGAUGAAAUCACUGAAUUACGUGGACAAAUGCAAGAGCUCAAGAUGGAGAAUCAAACUCGCGUGGCCCUGUACAGCGGCGAGAGAAAAAACGAUUUUGAGAGACAGACGAGUCCGGCAAAGAAAAUCUACGCAGUUAAAAAUUGA